AUGUCGGGUGUAUCUGAAACAGCCGCCGUCAUGUCAAGCCGCGAGCCUUUUCCAAUAAACGCCAUGGCCUCAGCCGGGCAGUCCCAGAACCCGGCCGCUUCACAGCAUCAGCUGGAUCAGCAAAUGCGCGUGUCCUACACCACAGACGGCGCUUACAGAUCCGUGGGCUCCCCACCAUCUUACCAACCGAUGCCCGGCGGCCCACCUGUUGCCAUGAAUCUGAACUCAGGCGACCAGAAACGCAAAAGGGGCCGGCCCAGGAAGUACGGGCCGGAUGGCAACAUGUCAGGCAUGGCUAUGGCCUCAGGCCAGCAGCCGAUGAACUCCGGCCUGCACCAGAAUCAGAUGCAGGCUUUCUCUCCUCCACAAGUGGCGGCAAUGCCUGUGCCGCCUCCGGUGGGCGGGCCGACCUCGCCGGUCGUCAAGAAGAGGGGCAGACCACCGGGUUCAGUCAACAAGAAGAAGCAAGUUGAAGUUGUUGGGUCAAAUGGGAUUGGAUUCAUACCUCAUGUUAUCGAAGUGAAGCCAGGAGAGGAUGUAUCUUCGAAAAUAAUGGCAUUUUCUCAGAAUGGCCCAAGGGCUGUUUGUAUCCUAUCCGCAAAUGGUGCCAUAUCUAAUGUCACACUCCGCCAAGCUGCAACUUCCGGCGGCACUGCAACUUACGAGGGACGAUUUGAUAUAUUGUCUCUCUCGGGGUCAUUUAUGCUGACGGAUAUUGGUGGUCAUAAAAGCAGAACUGGUGGAUUGAGCACAACAUUAGCCGGGCCUGAUGGAAGGGUUUUUGGUGGUUGUGUAGCCGGUUUACUGAUAGCCGCCUCUCCUGUUCAGGUAAUAGUCGGAAGCUUCAUGCCCGACAGUCGAAAAGAACCGAAAUCUGCGAACUACAUAGAGCCAUUAUCGGCUCCACCAAAGGUGAACCUUGGCGGGCCAACUGGUACCAGCAGCUCACCUUCACGAGGAACAUUUAGUGGGUCGUCUGGUGGGCCCGCCAGCCCGAUAAAUCUCAGCUCCGGUGCGUGCAAUAACAACCAUCCCCAUUCCAUGUCAGCAAUGCCCUGGAAGUGA